AUGACAUUGGUUUUGGACGCCAGUUAUAAAGAACUUCCAUCAGAUGUUUUUUCUCACUCCUACAAUCUUCAAAAACUAAAUGCAUCUCACAAUCAACUGACCAAAAUUGAUCGUGAAAGCUUCCAAUCCGCCAAUAACCUACAAAAUCUUGAUUUAUCAAAUAACGAGAUAUCCAGCAUAAGCAACAUGGCAUUUUUUUAUCUCAAAAAGCUUAAAAAUUUGAACCUAUCGAAUAAUAAAAUUUCAACUUUAAAAAGUGCAACAUUUGAAGAAUGCGGAAAAACUUUGCUAUUUUUAAAUUUAUCGCAUAAUCUGUUAUCAGAAAUAUCUGAAGAUGUGUUGGACCCAUUAACAAAUAAGUUUAUAUCAAUCGAUUUAAGCCAUAAUAAAAUUGCGAUUAUUAAAUCUGAAUCAAGCUCAGAUUCGUCAGAUAGAAGCCGUUUGAUAUCAUUCAAUGAGCUCAAAUUGGAUCAUAACCUUUUGGAAAAGUUUGAAUUUGAGUUCGAAUCAAUUACAGAUUUGGAUCUAAGCAAUAAUCGACUUCAAGGCGUUCUUUUGUUAAAAAACAAAACUGUUUUUUACCUGGAUGUGAGCAACAACAAUCUUUCUGAGUUAAAAGUUGAUGGAAUUAUGGAAUUGGAAUAUUUAUUUAUUUCAAACAAUUACGAAAUGAAGAAAUUGUUGAUUGGGUCUUAUUCAAAUUUAAAUACUGUUGGCAUGCGAAAUGUUAACUUGCAAAACAUCUCAGGAAUAAAUUUAUUAAGAAAUUCUUCGAAAAUGAUUUUUCUGGACCUUUCUUACUCCUAUGUUGGUCCACUAAACGUUGACGAUUUCUCUGAAAUGACCUCGUUAAAAACACUUUUCUUGAAAGCCACGGGAAUAUCAAGAAUCACUUAUGGAACAUUUUCUCAUCAGAAAGAAUUGGAAUGGUUAGAUAUAUCUGACAAUAAUUUGGGAUUUAUUGACUUGCAGAUGUUUAGCGGAAUGAAAAAAUUAAAAACCCUCGACAUAAAAAUUCAAGCUCUUGUUGAAAAUAUGAAAAAUAUAACAUUGGAAAAGCAACAAAUUACGACUGAUAAGCUUACAUUACAAAUGAAUGAACUUCAUUUAGAACUUGCCAAAAUGAAACAUGAAAACGAUAAAAAUACUCAAAUAUCUUCAAUAAAUAAAGAACGCACUGAAAUGCUGCAGACCCAAGCACAAAUCCCUGUCGAACAAUAUUCUGAUACACAAUUCUUUAAAAAUUUUGUUAUUGUUUUAAUGACUGCCAUUAUUACUUCGAUAAUAAUUAUUCGAAUCGUCAAAACAAAAGCAUAUUUCAGAAAAUAUAUAAGAGAAAAUAUGAGUGUUCGAUAUAGGAAUUCAGAAUCAACAUUGACAACAGCAUUGAAUUCAUAA